UUACUCUGAUGUCCCCUCACCACCUUCUGAUGUCCCAUUACUCUGAUGUCCCCUCACCACCUUCUGAUGUCCCCUCUUUACUCUCUGGUGUCCCCUCACCGUCUUCUGAUGUCCCCUCAUUACUCUCUGAUGUUCCCUCACCGCCUUCUGAUGUCCCCUCAUUACUCUCUGAUGUCCCCUCACCGCCUUCUGAUGUCCCCUCAUUACUCUCUGGUGUCCCCUCACCGCCUUCUGAUGUCUCCUCACCACCUUCUGAUGUCCCCUCAUUACUCUCUGAUGUCCCCUCACCACCUUCUGAUGUCCCCUUUUUACUCUCUGAUGUCCCCUGAUUACUCUCUGGUGUCCCCUCACCGCCUUCUGAUGUCCCCUCAUUACUCUCUGAUGUCCCCUCACCACCUUCUGAUGUCCCCUCAUUACUCUCUGGUGUCCCCUCACCGCCUUCUGAUGUCCCCUCACCGCCUUCUGAUGUCCCAUUACUCUGAUGUCCCCUCACCACCUUCUGAUGUCCCUUCAUUACUCUCUGGUGUCCCCUCACCGCCCUCUGGUGUCCCCUCAAUACUCUUUGGUGUCCCAUUACUCUCUGGUGUCCCCUCACCGCCUUCUGAUGUCCCCUCACCACCUUCUGAUAUCCCCUCAUUACUCUCUGAUGUCCCCUCACCACCUUCUGAUGUCCCCUCAUUACUCUCUGAUGUCCCCUCAUUACUCUCUGGUGUCCCCUCACUGCCUUCUGAUGUCCCCUCACCGCCUUCUGAUGUCCCCUCAUUACUCUCUGGUAUCCCCUCACCGCCUUCUGAUGUCCCCUCACAGCCUUCUGAUGUCCCAUUACUCUCUGGUGUCCCCUCACAGCCUUCUGAUGUCCCCUCAUUACUCUCUGGUGUUCCCUCACCGCCUUCUGAUGUCCCCUCACCGCCUUCUCAUGUCCCCUCAUUACUCUCUGAUGUCCCCUCACCGCCUUAUCAUGUCCCCUCAUUACUCUCUGGUGUCCCCUCACUGCCUUCUGAUGUCCCCUCACUGCCUUCUGAUGUCCCCUUACUCUCUGGUGUCCCCUCACUGCCUUCUGAUGUCCCCUCAUUACUCUCUGGUGUCCCCUCACUGCCUUCUGAUGUCCCCUCACCGCCUUCUGAUGUCCCCUCAUUACUCUCUGGUGUCCCCUCACUGCCUUCUGAUGUCCCAUUACUCUCUGAUGUCCCCUCAUUACUCUCUGAUGUCCCCUCACCACCUUCUGAUGUCCCAUUACUCUCUGGUGUCCCCUCACUGCCUUCUGAUGUCCCCUCACCACCUUCUGAUGUCCCCUCAUUACUCUCUGGUGUCCCCUCACUGCUUUCUGAUGUCCCAUUACUCUCUGGUGUCCCCUCACUGCCUUCUGAUGUCCCCUCAUUACUCUCUGAUGUCCCCUCACCACCUUCUGAUGUCCCAUUACUCUCUGGUGUCCCCUCACCGCCUUCUGAUGUCCCAUUACUCUCUGGUGUCCCCUCACUGCCUUCUGAUGUCCCCUCAUUACUCCUGAUGUCCCCUCACCACCUUCUGAUGUCCCAUUACUCUCUGGUGUCCCCUCACCCUUCUGAUGUCCCAUUACUCUCUGGUGUCCCCUCAUCGCCCUCUGGUGUCCCCUCACCGCCCUCUGGUGUCCCAAUACUCUCCGGUGUCCCUUCACUGUCCUCUGGUGUCCCCUCACCUUCUGGUGUCCCCAUUACUCUCUGGUGUCCCCUCAUCGCCCUCUGGUGUCCCCUCAAUACUCUCCGGUGUCCCCUCACCUUCUGGUGUCCCCUCACCUUCUGGUGUCCCCUCAUUACUCUCUGGUGUCCCCUCAUUACUCUCUGGUGUCCCCUCAUCACCCUCUGGUGUCCCAUCACCCUCUGAUGUCCCCUCACCACCCUCUCAUGCCUCUCAUUACUGUCUGGUGUCCCUUCACCGCCCUCUGGUGUCCCCUCACCUUCUGGUGUCCCAUUACUCUCUGGUGUCCCCUCACUACUCUCUAGUGUCCCCUCACCACCCUCUGGUGUCCCAUCACCCUCUGGUGUCCCCUCAUCACCCUCUGAUGUCCCCUCAUCACUCCGAUGUCCCCAUUACUCCCUGGUGUCCCCUCACUGCCCUCUGGUGUCCUGUCACCACCCUCUGAUGUCCCUUCAUUACUCUCUGGUGUCCCCUCAUUACCCUCUGGUGUCCCUUCAUCUGCUCCAUGUCCUCUACUCUUUCUGCUAGCAAAGACCAGUGACUGCAGCAUGGGGGCCACACCUGGGAUGGACCCUGGAGGGGCAGGCAUGUGGUUCCUUUGACACUCCACACAGAAGGCCCAUGCAAGGCCAUGUUCAACCAGUGGGAUGGAAGGGGGACACUGAAACUUCUGGCACAGGGUGGGCUCUGGUAGGGGGCAAGAGCCCAGGAGACUGUGUGGUUUGUCCUCAGCCUCUCCUGAUGCUUCCAGGGCAUGUCCAUUUUCAUGUAAACUUAGAGACAGUGUCAACAGUAAAGAGCCUGCUGCCUGCCCUGGCCUGGGGUCCCAUGAGUAAGCAGCUCUACAACAGCCCAGUACAGUGGGAAAACUCGCCCACAAAACACUGACCAGGGCCGGCCGCGGUGGCUCACGCCUGUAAUCCCAACACUUUGGGAGGCAGGCGGAUCACAAAGUUAGGAGUUUGAGACCAGCCUGGCCAAUAUGGUGAAACCCCGUCUCUACUAAAAAUACAAAAAUUAGCCGGGCGUGGUGGCAGGCGCCUGUAGUCCCAGCUACUCGGGAGGCUGAGACAGGAGAAUCGCUUGAACCCAGGAGGUGUAGGUUGCAGUGAGCCAAAACCACGCCACUGCACUCCAACCUGGGCAACAGAGUGAGACUCCAUCUUGAGAAAAACAAAACAAAACAAACAAACAAAAAAACACCAACCAGGCCCCUUCCUGUCCAGAAGCUGUGAUACCAUACAAACCCGUCUACCUCAUUCAGGAAGGUGCCUGAGAUACUCCAGAUCCUCUGGCUUGGCCUGGACACAAUCAGGGUGUCCAUGGAGCCCCAGAGGCUCUCCCUGCUUCCCCAAGCCUGGGCCAGAGAAGCCCUGGGGCCUGACAUGCAGCCCCUCCAUCCAGCAAGGCUAGGCCCCCAGCCUGGGCAGGAGGGAGAUGUGACAGCCAGUCUCCUUCCUAGAUGUCUGUCCCCUUGGGGGUCUCCGCAGGGUUGUGGCUGCUCUCCGGUGGAGGGAGAGGCUCCGGACAACCUGACCCAGGUCACCUCUUCACCCCUUCCCAUAUCCAAGGAAGCUUUGUAAGGGCCCAAAGGGUAUAGGCAAGACCAAGGCCAACAGGGUUUGGGGAGAAGAGCUCAUGGGACAAGGAUGGAGACAGGCCCACAAUGAGGGCACAGGGAGGGUCCGCAGAGUUGCACACUGGCCUCUGAAGACCCAGCCCCCAGGCUCCAAGGUGACGAGAUCUCAGAUAGCAUUUCUGUUCCACGGGGUAGUGCAGGCUGCUUGAGGAAAAAACCUGCAGCAUGGGGUUGGGGGGAGGGGGGAUGCGGGGCACAGCCAGUGACCUUGAAGGAUUCAGUGCACAGGAUGUAAAGAUCAAGGUGCCCCCAACACACGCCACACACACUACCCUCACACACGCUGCCCACGAAAGGCCUCAGAACACUCGCUCCUGCCCCACAUCCACACUGCUCAAGUCCAAAUCAAGUCCUUCCUGUGGCACAAGAGGCUGUUGCCUCCUCCACCCCAGCCCCCAGGGACCACUGCCGAGUCCCAGGUGCGG